AUGUUAGCACAUUUUAUUUUUGGCAUCAUGUCUUUAUUUAUCUUAUACACCAGAAUUUCUUCAAAACUUCCAUCAUUUAACAUAAUUUUAAUUAAAAAGCGAGAGGUUUUAAGUCGAAUUGGAUCAACAUUUGCGAAUGGCAAAAUGUUAAGUUCCGUUUCACUUGCCUUUUUUAAUUGCAAUUCAUUUGCCUUAUCUUCCGUUAUGAAACUAAUAGUCGACCCUGUGUCGAAAAAUGCUUUUGCUCCAAUUACACCUGUACCAGUACCUGAUAAAACAUUGAUCUCCGUAUUCAUUAAUAAAAUACUAGCAUUUUCUUUUGCGAUUGAAUUUACGGGUUCAACCUUUUCUGGUGCUUCCUGAUUUGAAUAAUUUUUAUAAUUGUUUUUAGGUUUUUCAUAGCCUUUAGUGCAUACCACUCUAUUAUGGCUGCCUUUACAUAAAUUGCAACUAAUUUUUAAAUUGCAAUUCGAUUUUACAUGACCUUUUUUAAGACAUAAUAAACACCGAUUUUGCUCCGAUAAUAUUUUCAUCCUUUGAAACGGAGACUUUAUCUGUUCACAAUUCGUUGCCCAAUGCGGUUUUUGACAAAACCAACAAGAUAAUACCUGUUUUUUGUUUUUAUUAAAAUUAUUCUGAUUUUGAACCGAAAAAACUCUUCCUUGUUCUAUUCUACCACUAAAAUCCUUUUUCUGAUUAAAAUUCUUUUGGUUGUUCCAAUUAUUAAAUUUUUGAUUGCCCAUACGCGAGCUUAAUGUUUGUGUGCACCUGUGUGCCUCUUCCCUCAACUGGACCAAUUCAGAUAGGCCUUUCCUUAAAUUUCCUACAUUCCAUUCAAUAUUUUCUGCUCUUUCCAUUCUUAGCAAUUCCAACACAACAUUGCGCGGUAAUUUGUUUUUAAUAGCCAUUAAAACAAUAUCUUUAUCUUCUAAGUGCCCCAUGGCAUCCAAAGAACGACAAAUACGCUCUACUUCUUCCAAGUAAUUGCGUAAAGAAGCUACUGACUCAUUAGCCAUUGGUAGCCCUAUCAAUUCCGCGUGUAGUGUUUCCCUAAUUGCUUUUUCAUUUCCAAACUGCCUAAACAAGGCUUCCUUUAAAGGUAAAUAAUGUUCUGAAAUUGGCCUAUAGCCCCAAACAGCCCUCUUGGCCUUUCCUCUUACGCAUUGCAAUAAAUAAUGCGCUUUUAAUCCAUCAUCAAUCCUCAAACAAUCAACGGUCCUCUCAAAUCCCUGCCAAAAUUCUGGCCAUCUUAACUGAUCGC